CAUAAAAAUCAACAACCUAGGAAUCACAUGCUCCCCAUCGUCAAGAAGAAGAAAGCUACGUACUUCCUCCAUGUCCGCCAUCUCCCUCUCGUCCCAAGUCGCACUCGCAGCUCUCUAGCCGGAACCUUCAAAGCGUGAAGUUCCUUUUCCCAUGAUCUCCUUCUCUGGACGGCAAACACUCAGAAACAUAACCUCUCGAUGCUUCUCCAAAGCCAUUCUAGCCGAUUCUCCUUGUUCUUCUUCCACCCUCCUGCAUUCCAUUCAGCUCUGCAUCGAGGACGGAUCUCUGAGACUGACCCGACAGUCCCACGCUCGUGUUCUCGUCGAUGGCUUUGCUGGGAACCCGUAUCUGGGCACCAAGCUCAUGUCUGCGUACGCCGCCUGCAAGAGCGUGCGGGAUUCGAAACUGGUUUUCGAUUCGUUUGACGACAAGAGCGUUUACCUGUGGAACACGCUGAUUAAUGGGUACGCGAAGAGUCGUGCGUACGAGGUUGCCUUCGAGGUGUUUGAUCAAAUGUGCCGGGGGAAUGUGGUUCCCGACGAUUACACGCUCGCGACCUUGUCGAAAGUUUCGAGCGAGUGUGGGGACUUGGCUGCUGGGAAAGUCGUUCAUGGGAAGAGCGCGAGGAUUGGGUUUGUCUUGGAUGUGGUUGUGGCCAAUUCUCUAAUGUCGAUGUACUGUAAAUGCGGAGAGUUGAAUGAAGCGAGGAAACUGUUCGAAGAAAUGCCCGACAGAAGCAUCGCUUCUUGGAAUGUUCUGGUAACAGGGUAUGCGAGCUUAAGUGAUGAUAAUAAGGGUAAGGAAGUAUGGGACGUUGUACAAAACAUGCAGAAAGUUGGCUUAAAACUAGAUGCAUUCACGGUGUCGAGUCUUUUGCCUUUGUGCAUUGGUGAUUCUGAGAAAUAUAACCACGGGAAGGAGCUUCAUGGCUAUAUAUUGAGGAAUGAGUUGGAGUUUCUUCCAGAUGCAGAUGUUCACUUGGGUUGUUGCUUGAUAGACAUGUACUCAAAGAACAACAAGGUGGAUGCUGGGAGAAGGAUAUUUGAACGUAUGAAAUCUAAAAAUGUAUUUGCUUGGACAGCAAUGAUCAAUGGUUAUGUGAUAUUUGGAGAUUCAGAGGGAGCCCUCUCUCUUUUUAGGAAAAUGAUAGUUAUGUAUGAUAUAGAACCCAAUGACAUAUCUCUUGUAAGCAUUCUCCCUGCUUGCGUAACACAUGCUGGUUUAUCAGCUGUGAGAGAAAUUCACAGUUUUGCCAUCAGAAAGAAAAUAGAUCAUGGUGUCUCAUUGUCUAAUGCUUUAAUAGAUGCAUACUGCAAGUCGGGGGGCUUAAUUGCUGCAAGGAGAAUAUUUGAUGGUGCUUCUUUUAAGGAUGCGGUCUCUUGGAGUUCCAUGAUUUCUGGAUAUGGACUUCAUGGGAAGGGUGAGGAAGCCGUGCUUCUAUACAAUGAGAUGCUAAUGUUGGGAAUCAAGCCUGACAUGAUAACAGUAGUAGGGGUUCUUGCUGCCUGUGGUCGGUCAGGAUUGGUCAAUGAAGGCCUUAAUGUAUAUGCUUCAGCAAUAAAUGACUAUGGGAUUGAACCAACAGUGGAGAUCUGUGCUUGUGUUGUCGACAUAUUAGGUCGGUCAAACCAGCUUGACCGUGCACUACAGUUUAUAGAAAAUAUGCAUGUGGAAGCUGGUCCAAGCGUUUGGGGGGCUCUUGUCAAUGCUUCUGUAAUGCAUGGGAACCAUGAGAUGAGAGACUUGGCUUAUAGCUUCCUUGUUCGUAUGGAACCUGAGAACCCUUCAAAUUAUGUAUCCCUAUCUAAUCUGCAUGCUUCCUCAAGGAAAUGGGAUAUGGUAGCUGGAGUGAGGAAAAUGAUGCACCAAAAGGGUUUAAGGAAGGAACCUGGAUGCAGUUGGAUUGUUAUUAAUGGUAGGACUAACUGCUUCUAUGUCGCUGAUAAGGUACAUGCUGCUUCUCAUUCCAUCUAUGAGAUGCUGGAUAGCCUUAUGGGGGUAAUGAAAGGAAUUGUUUGUUAUGCUGACAACGAGAAUCAGAUAUAGAUAUUUCAGCAUUUCGUGGUUAUAAUAAUCUAUGCUGAUGGGAGUCUUCGCUGAAGAGAACUCCAUACUGCAAAAUGGACUUUUGAUGUGAGGAAUGGUCUAAGCUCAACGCUGCUAUCUUGGAUAGGACAAAUCUUCUCCAUCUACUUGAGGAGUGGCCUGGAGGAAAGAGUGAUGCCAUCGAGGAUUCGAGGGUCUUGUUAUUUGUGCUUCCAGAAGGGAGUUGGAUGACCAUACCCAUAUCUUCUCCAAGACUUAUCUUUCCGCUGAGCUACAGCCCUCAACCAUUGUGUCCACCUAUUGCAUGCUGGGUUUGUUUUGCUGAGGAAUUUGAAAAUCCCUUUCUGCCUCAUUCUCACCAGUCUCCCUGCAUAUGGGGAUCAGUAAGCUUUCCUAACUGUUUAUACAAAAGGAAUUUUGACCAUUUCAAUUUAUGAUGCGAUGUUGAUUUAUUUUGUAAGCUGCUGAAGAUCAAUAGAGCUGCAACCGGGUAUGAUUUGAAGGAGCAUGAUCCCAUGUCCAUGCAAGUCAUUCUUCACGAAGCCCACCUAAUGGAGGUACUUUGAAGCAAUAUGGCCUGGUGUACAUGCUGAGUUAAUUAAAUCAAAGUCGACACCUUCAGAACAAUAUUCUGCUAUUAUGUCGUCCAGAGGCCGACAUUGUCCCAAUUCCACCUCCUCAGACCGCAUUUCAAUGCAAUGAUUUGUGAAUUCUGCCAAUACAUGUAGAAGGGUCAAAAUUCUCAUCCAACAAAAUGUUUGCUGGUUCUAUAUCACAGCAAAUUAUCCAAAGACUGCAUUCUUAUGGAGAUACAAUAACCCUCUUGCUACUCCCAGUGCCAUGUGCUUCCGGUUACCCCAAUCGAGAGAAGACUGCAAUUAGGGCAACUAUGUAAAUGAGAAGCCACGCUCAUGUACUAUAAAUGGCAUACAAGCAAAGGUUCUUGCUGUUAAGAUACCACACCAGAGCCAGUAACUUGAAGGAGAUUCCAAUACACGGCCAUGUCGCUGACCUGUAGCUCUGCUCGGAGUUGUGGCAAACCAUGCUUUGAGAUCUGCUUAGUCUGUUUUAUUGCCACUGAAGAUCCAUCACACAGGCAUCCUUCGUUGCCAUACAAAAUCCACCUUAACUAAGGUUUGCGCUGAUUGAAAUUUCCGGGUGCUACUAGCAGUUCCUGUGGAGUAAACCUCCUAAAAUUUCUCUGUUGCUAUCCCAGAAUGAAGUCUUCAGACACAUUCACAUCCUAGGAUUUCUUCGGUCUCCAAUAUGAAAUGUCGAAUGCUGGGGUUGUGAACCCUAAGAGGAGAACCGACUGCAGGUUGACCAGUAAUCGCUCUAGUGAUGGCGCUGCCGAGUGUCAAACAAAUCAAAAGUUCCAACCUCAUAAUAUUAAUUUACCUGACGCUCUGCUUGGACUCGUCUAGUUGCACUCAGGAGUGCAAGAUUUCAGUACCGGGAUAAAGCAUUGAUGUGAAAUUCACCCACGAGAUGUAUAUUUCCUUCUACUAAUUAGAGUUUACUAAGUAAAUAAUUUCCAUUUGUUCUAUUUUUCAGUACCUGGUACAGUAAAUUUAGCUAUUUGAUAUCAUUCACCUUUGA